AUGGGAAGUGGGGCACUCUGCUUAGCUCAAAACGUGGGGCUCCUGGUCUCCGUGGCUGGCUAUGUCUGUUCCCUGGUGACUCUGUGCAUUCCUCAGUGGCUGACUUUCUCCUCGGGUUUACUCCAGAAUGAGAGGUACAUGCUGGGCCUCUGGGAAACGUGUAUGACUCAAGACUUCCGUGGCAGUGUGUGCCAGGGCCACACCGCCCGGCAAAACCUGGCUGCUGAGAUGCGUGUGGCUCGCAUCCUUUUGUGUGUGGCCAGCACCGCUGGUUCGCUCGGGCUCGUGGCCAUCUUCCUGGAACUCACCUGUCUGAGGUACCUGGGCUGCCGAGAACAUUCUUUGGAGAAAAACAGCAAUGUUGUCGGGGGAGCUCUGUUUUUCCUGGCCGGACUCACCACUUUAGCGCCCGUGUCCUACAUCGCCCAUGUCACCGUUCAGAAAUUCUGGGGCUCUGAGCUCCCAACCAACUUGCCCAGUUAUAUCUAUAUGGAUGGCAUCGGGUUGGAGGGUGACAUUCAUAUCAAGUCUUGUCAAGGAUCCAAAUGA